AUGGAUCACAAAGAAUAUCCCACCAGCGUUACUAGUCGCAGCCUCGAGGCACAGUGCUCUGAACCCUCCGACCAACAGUCCGACAGGAAAAUCAACCCUGAGCAGACAGGGUUACCUCCUAUAGAUGGAGGUAUUCACGCAUGGCUCUUUCUAACGGCCUCAGCAGUGCUUGAGGCCAUUGUGUGGGGGUAUGCUUUUGCGUUUGGAAUUUUCCAAGAUUACUAUAGCACGCAUGAACCAUUUCAAGGAUCAGAAAAUAUUGCUGUCAUUGGGACCUGUGCGAUGGGAAUUGCGUAUUUGAUUGCUCCACUAGCAAUAGUGAUAAUGAUUCUCGUUCCCUGGAUAGCACGAUGGGUAUCGACAAUGGGCGUGGUUAUAAUGUGUCUCUCGCUAGCCCUAAGCUCGUACUCCACAAACGUCACCCAUCUCAUCUUGUCACAAGGCAUUGCGUUUGGAACUGGUGGCUGUUUAUGCUAUACACCAUCAAUCCUAUUCAUGGCAGAGUGGUUUGACAAGCGAAAAGGCCUUGCGUUUGGACUUGUUUGGGCUGGAUCUGGGUUGUCGGGUAUUAUUUUCCCGCUGGCCUUACAAUGGCUUUUGGAUCAAUAUGGCAUCGAAACAACACUUCGUGCGUCAGCGGUAGCACUGUUUGUUCUUGCCUUGCCUUUCCUCUAUUUCCACAGACCACGCCUGCCGAUUACCGAGUCGGCAUGUCACCAUCGACUCAAUUUUCAUUUCCUCUACAACAAAGUCUACUUAAUAUACCAGCUUGGGAACACUCUAGAGGCUCUGGGCUUCUUCUUGCCUACACUCUAUCUUCCUACAUACGCUCGCAGUUUGGGUGCAAAUGACUUCUUGUCCUCAUUGACGGUGACCCUUGUCAAUCUCGCUUCGGUCUUCGGCUGUGUCUUCGUGGGUUUCCUCUCCGAUCGAUAUCAUGUUACCACCUGCCUCAUGCUUUCAACUUUCGGUACUGUCGUGUCUGUCUUCUUUGUCUGGGGGUUCGCCACUUCUAUCCCGCCAUUGUAUGUGUUCUGCGUUGCCUACGGCUUACUCGCCGGCGGCUUCUCUUCCACAUGGUCGGGUAUUUCACAGGAGAUCCAGCGCGCGAACCCGUCUGCGGAUGCGACCGUCAUUUUCCCAUUCAUGGAAACCGGUCGGGGGAUAGGCAAUGUGGCUAGUGGCCCACUGAGUGAGGCCCUUCUCAAGGCUGAUGUUUGGAAGGGUCGCGCAUGGGGAGCAUAUGGGAGCGGAUAUGGCACACUUGUGGUGUGUACAGGUGUGACGGCACUCAUGGGCGGAAUAUGUGUUGUCGCACGACAGUUUAAAUGGGUGUAA